AUAAAUGUCAAGCCUGUUAUUCACAAAAUCCCGGUUCUUCUGAUAAUAAUUUAGCAUUUGAAGAAUUGACAAAAUAUAUUAGUCGAUCGCAAUCUCAGUGUGAUGAAAACAUUGAUGUGUAUAAAUGGUGGCAAAAUUCGAAACAUGAAUUCCCACUCUUGCAAGGGAAUAUUUGCCUUUGGU